UACAUGAUGUGCAAAAUCAUAGAGGUUGAGAUAGAGUAGAAAGCGUCUGAACGAACACACGAAAUGAGAUGAGAGACAGAGAAUGGAAAAAUAGAUUGAGAGGUGGAUCUGUGGAUGGAAAUUAGGGUCUUCUUGAUCGUUGGCGGAUCUAUGAAACUGAUGAAGGAAUCGUCAUCUCCCUCUUCGUCGAGCCAAAAGGCGUUUGAUGUCUUUUGUCUGGUUGCAAAGUUUGAAACUUUGGGAUCUCGUGGAGUUUUGGGAUCAAGAGGCGGGUCUCUGGAUGGAGAUUGGAACCUUCUCGUGGGCGGGCGGAUCUCUGAAUUUGGUGACGGGAUCGCAAUAUCUCCAAAUGGCGUUUAAUGUAUUUUCUCUGGCUGCAAAGUAUGGAACUUUGGGAUUUCGUGGAGAUGAGAGAUCGAGAUACGGGUCUCUGGAUCGUGGGUGGAUCUAUGAAUCUGAUGACGGGAUGGUCACAUCUCUCUUCGUCCAGCCAAAAAAUGAUCGAGAGGUGGACGCUGAUUGGGUUUUGCAAGAAUUGUGCAUCAUGGAGAUGAGCUGUGGAUUGGGAUAUUAGGAUCUUAUUGUUUUGUGGGCAGAUGGAGAUUAUGAUUUUUUUUUGGAGGAGGCGAGUACAACGGUGGUGGAUUCGAUGAUGCGCUUUUGGAAGUUAUUUGUCGAGAAAAAGUCGAAGGUGAAGCAAGAUAGUUUUUCAAAAUGUAUGGAGGUUUUUCUAUAGUUCACAUUUAUGAGGGCUAGUAGACUCAGCUAUCUACUCUACGUUGAUUAGUAAGCGGGAAGUUCAGACGAGGUGCUGGGUUUCUUGGAAGGAACGAGAGAAAAAGAAGAGUGUGACUUGCAUGCAAUGUACUGAUUGAUAGAUUUUGUGUGUUGAGAAUGAUUUCGAAUCAGUUCAGUUUCUGUUUGGAAGAGAGCCGUGUUUCUCCACCUAUUGAUGUUUACCUUGUGAAAACUACCAUGUCCUACUAUAAUUCUCUCUCCACGAGUGGUGCAAGUCCGUUGUGUGAAUGGACUUUAUGCAAGGAGCAUAAAGUCGAUUUGACUCGACUUUAUUCUCCUUGCAUUAGAUAUCAAGGAGAUAGAAAAUUCUUGUCUGAAAUUCGGCCUCAGAGGGAAAUUGUGAAAGAAGACACUGAAUUUGAGAGGACUGCGUUAAGCUUCUAUCUGCACGAGUGCAGUAUGCUUGAACAUAUUACUAAGUUCGCUGUCAAAACCACACUGGACUUCUAUAGUUCUUUCUCCAAGAACAAUGCUAGUCCAUUAUGUGAAUGGGUUGAUGAUCCUCACGGCUUGGUCAACUGCUGGAUAGAGCUUCGUGUACCUAAUAGUGACUCGUUCCUGCUGUUCACUGUCAACGGCUAUGAUGAUGGCUUUCACUUAAUUGAGUCAUUUGCGUUUACGUCUCUGAGGUCUGUAGUCAAUUUGACUCUACUUCCUUCUGGCAGCAUUAGACAGACUGGCGAUAGAGUAUUCUUGUCUGAAAUUCUGCCUCAGAGUGAUAAAGAAGUCUCUGAUGAGAACAUGCGCUGUGAGACUGUGAAAGAAGGUGUGGUCAGCGAGAUUGUGAAAGAGGAUUUGGGGAACGUUGAUGAGAUUGUGAGUGAUAAAGAAGUCUCUGAUGAGAACAUGCGCAGUGAGAUGGAUGAGAAGAUGGUGAGUGAGACUGUGAAAGAAGAUGUGGUCAGCGAGAUUGUGAAAGAGGAUUUGGGGAACGUUGAUGAGAUUGUGAGUGAUAAAGAAGUCUCUGAUGAGAACAUGCGCAGUGAGAUGGAUGAGAAGAUGGUGAGUGAGACUGUGAAAGAAGAUGUGGUCAGCGAGAUUGUGAAAGAGGAUUUGGGGAACGUUGAUGAGAUUGUGAGUGAUAAAGAAGUCUCUGAUGAGAACAUGCGCAGUGAGAUGGAUGAGAAGAUGGUGAGUGAGACUGUGAAAGAAGGUGUGGUCAGCGAGAUUGUGAAAGAGGAUUUGGGGAACGCUGAUGAGAUUGUGAGUGAUAGAGAAGUCUCUGAUGAGAACAUGCGAAGUGAGAUUGUUAAAAAAGAUUUGGUGAAACACGCUAAUGAGAUUGAUGAGAAGAUGGUGAGUGAGACUGUGAAAGAAGAGUUGGUGAGUGAGAUUGUGAAAGAGGAUUUGGUGAAAGACUCUGAUGAGAUUGAUGAGAACAGGCGCAGUGAGAAUGUGAGAGAAGAUGUGAAACACGCUGAUGAGAUCACGCAGGCACAACAUCUUGACAAUGUGACAAAAGACUUGGUAAAAGAAACUGCUGAUGCACAGACUGACAUAGAAGAGUCGGUUAAAGAAUGCGCUGAGAAGGCCACGGAGGCAUAUCUUGACAGGAUUAGAAGACAGUAUAUUGCUGACCAGCACAAAAAGAGGGAUGAAUUGGCGGAAGCUGUGAGAAAACUCACCUUGGAAACGCAGCAGCGUGAUUGGGAAAAGCAGCAGAAAGAGAAAAAAGAACAGAGGAAGUUGAAGACAGCGCAGGAGAAGUCCAAGAAAGACGAGCAGAAGAAAAAGAAGAAAUGAGAUUCUUGCCGAGAGUCAUUAUCCCGUCUUAACUCUUUUUGCCAAGUACAAUCGUUACGAACUACCUCCCUUUUAUCUCUCUUGAACUUUCUGUUGCGCUAUUGAGUACUGAGCUCUUAUGUGAACAAAGUCGAGAAACCUAUUCGAAAAGACUACGUUGGCUUUGUUA